CUACAAGAAGGACAAUGCGAGCUUUGGUGGUGUCUUGCGCGUUCCACUCUCCGUGUGUGAGUCCAUGGCGGUUUGCCUCACGGGCGGGAGUGGUCAUUCGGCCGUGCUCGGCAGCGCUAGACGGCCCCGGAGGGCCCAUCACCGAGGCGUCCGUGCGAAAACGAUCGCAACGCGGGCCGCCGGUCUUGCUCAGAGACAUCUUCGGCACGCGAAGCCCAUGGCUAGGCAUGAAGAGGCUAGAGCGAGCUCCCUUACAGCGUCUUGAUCGCCUACAAGAAGUAGCAGAUCUAGCCCUCGAGGAUAGGGUGGAGUCUGGCGGCGGAUCUUUCGGCUGUGCGGACAUAGGAGCAGAUCACGGACUACUCGCGAUCUGCCUGCACGCCAACGGUGCGAACGUCAUCGCUGGCGAUAGGGCGGCCGGGCCCCUGAACAUCGCACGCGAAAACGCCAGGCUCUACCUGAGACGCGCUCAGCAAGCACCUUUCUCCGUGCUCGCCACCGCGGCUGCACAAAGGAUAGCACCCGCCGGUAAAAGCGAGUAUACGAGGACCCCCGAUCCUACUGCUGAAACGCUUCCCCAACCAAUAAAUGAAGGUAGUAGCGGCGACGGGGUAGGGAAUGAGGGGGCUGUCGCGCACGGGGUUGUCCCGCGCUUGGAAUGCCGUCUUGGUGAUGGGUUAGCCGUUCUGGAGGAAGGCGAAGCGGACACCGUGUGCAUCGCGGGGGUAGGUGUCAAGACGAUAAUACAGAUUCUCAGCGCGAGUACGAGCGACAGCAGUGGCGACGCAGCGAAUAGCCAAGAAUCUUCGCAUGGGCGGGGAGCUUCUGCGCUGUCUCGUUUAGGAGUGCGGCGGCUUGUGCUGCAGCCGAUGGACGCUCGACUGGAAUAUAUGCGCGACCUACGCGUGUGGUUACGAGGAAAUGGUUGGCGAAUAGCACAGGAAAAAAUCGUGUCCACACUGGGCAAGGGGGGCCGACACGCUUUUCUGACGCUACGGGCCGACUGUAUGGAAAUGAGCAGCGUAAAAAGUGACCAGGGGGUUUCACCCUUCUCUGGACCAGAAUGGCCAGCAGGCAUGCCACAGGGGGAGUGGUCAGACUGGCUUGGGGACUUUCUGCCUUCGCGAACCAUGGACUCCAACCAGUUGCGCGACGGAGGGCGAGAUACAGAACGGCAAGAGGCGUUCACGUUUCUUGCGUACCUGAGGCACCAGCGAGACUGGCUGACGGCCAUCGAGCGUGCACGUUCGCGGACGAGCCGCAGGGUGACUGCCGAAAGCCAGGACUCCACUGCUGUUUCGGAGGCCGUCGGCAGCGUGUUGAGAGCCGUCGAAGAUGCCAUCAGAGUAUCAGGGAAAGAUGGGUCGGAAGAGAGGCUUGUUACGUCGCGACGGUGGAGGAGAUCUUCUGGCAAAACCGAUUAGUAUGAAGUGGGAGCACACGGCUGCGAUUAUGUUUGACUGCAAAAACAUAACGUGGGGUCUGAAUUUGAAACGCCCACAACCAUGCUCGAGGAUAGACAUGUGUACUUAUACAACGAGAUCUGCAGCGCCGGUGUUUGCUUCUGGGCGACUGAUGCGCGCUUCGUCCCACGUGGUUCAGCUCGACUUUCUUAAGAUGGCUAACAACGUUUUUAAGAGCGAAGAGUACAUGAUUAUGAUCUCAGGCUCUGUGGUGGUGUAUGCAGCUUGGUAUGGACCGAAGACGAGGCAAGCCGACCAAAGCGCCAUGCAGGCAUCUCCAUGUCCAUCUGAUCCACCGUGGAACAAAGCGGUGGCCAUGCUCACCUCCGGUCCAAGAAGAAAAGAUAAAGUAUUUCGCGCGAAGCGCGAAAAGAAGGGGUGGAGAGGUAGAUCAAAGCAAGCGUAGAUAGAUAUGGAUGGAGCCUACGCCACAGAGGUCACCAGUGCACACGCUCACACAUUGGCCGACACCACCAGUCAGUCAGGGGAUGACUGAGAGCGCUGUUUAGCUCUGAUAAUCAUCAUCUACAUGAAGCUGCAGCAUCAACAGCAGCUGCAGUUAUUGCUGCUGCCGGCGUGCAGGAUGGGUGUGCGCUUACUUUUCCCGCUUUCGCUGCUAACGGCGGGCAACGGGCCCAAAAAAUCGCCUCCGAUGCCUCCUACGAUGUGUGUAUUUGGUCGCCCUUGGCCUACAGUGUUGUGUACGGUUCACUUCAUCUCUGUUUUGGGGGUGCUUCUGUGGUGGAAGCAAAGGUCGGCCUCAGACGGGACAGAUUUUGCUUGUGUGCACUCGCAUGCCCCCUCGAUUCCGCUGCACGCAGCAGGCCUUGGGGUCUCAAAAUAGCUUCCGACGCCAGCCAUGAUGUGUGCCUUCGGCCGGCCUUGGCCUACAGCAGUGUGCGGACCGCAGAUUGACUUGCGUCGUCACUCGCUUGUACUGCCGACAGCAGGCAACGGGCUGUAAAAGUCACACCUAACGCCUCCUAUGAUAUAUGCCUUGGCUGCCCUUGGCCUACAGCACUCCGUAUGCUGCCGUGCUGGUUGUCUCGUCUGUUGUCUGCGUGGUGUGUGUGGUGCUGCUGUGCAAGAGGAUUUCGGGGAUUCUCCCGAGAGUGUCCUGCCCAUCGCCCAAUCAUCUGUCUCUGUCUUACACAAUGUCUUACACAAUCGACGGGUGAUUGGUGGGAGAUGGGUGUCUACCCGAUUCUACCCCGCCAAAACAUAGAUAAUGGUUGGAAGUUCUUCCGUGUCUUACGAAAAAGGUCCCUCAUGCAUGGGUGCUCUGCCAUACUCCAGGAGAUUGUCUCCGCCCCCAGUCGCGAUGCAUGGACACACGUAACGCUCGCUUGCUAAGGUUCGAACAAGUUUCGUACAGCACAACUGCCACCUCUGCCUGAUUUUCCGCGAAAGGGAGCCGCAAAUACGCGUGUACCAGCCAUGCCCCGCCGCUGAAGCGAGCUGACCUCAAAACAAUCGCUAGAACAAUAUUUUCGUGGGUUUUUGAUUGAUGUGGCGGAAACAUGCGAUUCACGUCGCGGUUGCCGACCACGUUGUCCACCAUAGGUUAGAAAUUAGGCCGUCGGGUAACAAACUCGAUCUCCCUAGCGCACGAAAUACACGUUCAUUCGUCUCAGGUCACGUCUAAGCUUCAUCGGAGAUGCAAAUCGGGAGCCGAGCGGGAACUACCAAGCCACCCCCAGAUCAAUCUCCGAUCAAACAGAAGGAAAGCGGACCUCACAGAAAUGCCACCGGCAAACGACAUCAGACUGUGUCAGAACGAUGUGGCGCUGGGCCCGUGCACCGUUGGGUUCCUCCAGAGGGUGGAGCAAAUGGCCGCCAAACAGAAAAAUACCAGAGCUUGGUUGAUGCACCAAGGGCUAGAGUGAGGUAGAACUGUUGUACUACCUCACAAACGUUUUGCCCAGGAUACCCCACAUGGCUUAUUUGGUGCGCACAAAUCAUAUAGGCCAGGGCUUCAACUUUGAAAUUCGAAGUAUUACCAGCUGCGACUCUGCAGACGAUUCACAAACAUAUAUAGGGUCUCGAGUAGUAUCACACGUCAUGUUCCAAACGUCGCCUUUGUCGUCUAUAGAAUUCGGGAUGAACAGCAUUUCCGAGGCUUCCAGAGUAGAGCUCAAUCGACAAAAAUGCGAACAGCAACGAAGGGCAUUGAACCAUCUGCAGGCAAAGCUAGCACGCCGUUGUACCUUUUAGCCAAACUUCAGCUGUAGAACACAGAGACACUACACGAUUCAGGUUAGCCAUGCUACCUGCCUAGUGCCCAUACUCUACACAUGGGGAAACGAAAACUGAUGUACAUAUAGGGGGCUGGUGCAUUGAUGUCGUGUUCUCGCUGGGUCGACAGAUGCGACCAAUUCCUGCCGUCUACACACCACGCCCCCCGGCUACAGCCACCAAAUCAAAACGCUAUAGGCGCAACGCCUCCUCCAAGGUCUACUGUAGCCAGUCCACCAUCGGCCUCCCGACGUCAUUUUGGGUCCUCCCCUCACAACCACACGUCCGUCAUUAGCUGGUCGAAGAGGACAAGCUGAAGCGUUCCGGCGAUGAUGCCAGCGGAGAGGUCGGGUGGCAGCCGGCCUCCCUCCCGAUUCUGGCCUUCUGAUCGUGCACCGAUCGUACCACCUCGUCCUCCUCCUCGAGCUGCCGACAGAAAUCCUCUCCGAAUGUCUCGCGCAACUCCAAAGACGCCUGCUCGUCCAGCUUCCAGUUGUCGGUCGAAGGCUCGCUCUCGUGGGGGCAGACUUGUUGGCGGCUUGUCCAGGAGCUAACAUAGGUGGCAGGACGAUCCGGCAACUCCGCACCCAAUGCUGUUGUCGUCAAACCCAUAACCACGACGGCUGCAACACGUCUGCGUGUUCGAGGAUUCAUCGUGCCAACGUCCGAAUGCGGCGCAAGGCAACGGUUCACGGAGCUUGGAUGUCCGUGGGCAUUUGGCAG